GCGACCUACAGUUCACCAGUUCACUCGUAGUAGCGGCCAUACCUGUUCGUACACCUACAUCAAAAACGCUGACCAAUUCUUCAACUAAGGUCACCAUGAAGUUGCUACAUAUCGCACUGUUUCUUGUUCUACUAACCACCGCUCUGUCCAAGGACAACGCCAAGGUCAAACGAGGAUUGGCUAAAAACGAUGACGUCAAGUGGACAAAGAUUAUCGGGCAGGUGCACAAGAUCAUCCGCAAACUCCCGCGAGAUUUGCAAACUCCGGCGAGCAAGCUGGUUUUCCAGUUGCCCAAACUCUUCGAGGAACUUUUCAAGUCGAAAGACUCCUAUUUCCAAGACCCUGUUCGCGUCUUAAAGGCAAUUGGCUUCGGAUUGAUUGAAAUUUGGACUUACGCCGUGAACAGUUUAUCAGAAGAAGAGAAAGACGACCUCCUGAAGUUACUCAGCCUGUCAGAUCUCGCGAGACUUAGAAACGAGAUUAUAAACAUCCGGGGUAAAUGCCCACAGUUCCAGGAUGUUGACUUUCAGACAGAUGUACCGGAGGCGAUCAACAAAAUCCAGAAGGAUUGGCCCAAGCUGUGGAAGAGUAUACAAAAGAAGAUGCCCAAAUCGCCCAUCACUGAUUAUAAUCGCUUACUGAAGCAUGUUCCGAAUGAAAAGCAAAUCAGACAAAUCCUUUACUCUCUGUUAAGCACGCUAGAAGCAAGACUACCGAAUCUGAGUACCUACGAAACAGCAGAUAUUGGUAACCAUUUGAAAGAUUUCGAAAAACACAUGCCAGAGGCGACAAAAGAAAUAGUUAUGGCUGCUUUUCAAGCGUUGAUAUCGUUCCAAGAAAAGUUUCCCGAUCUGAGUAAUAUUACGAUUACCGGCAAAACUAUUCGGGUCCGCGUACCAGUUCUAGUACGUCAAGCCGUGGACAGCUUUCCUGAUAUGAAGUCAGUAACCAUAGACGUGGAAAAGUUGGAAAAGGAAUUCCAAAUUUUGCUAGCACAAGUUGAGAAUGGUCUCCCCGGUUUGAUACAAAGUUUGAGCGCAAAAUUUCCUGAUCUAAGUCAAUGGAAACCCGAGUCAUUGCCUGACGUUUUUCUAGAAGUCGCUAGGUGGCUAAGUGACCUGCUUGUAGGGGGUCCGAAAAGAUUGCCAGAUAUGAGCCAAUUGUCUAAAGAAGAGAGUGGCGGGAUGAAGACUUUGUUUGCUUCUGCCGGGACAAAACUGAAAUUUAUGGCUCACAAUAUUAACCAGCAUCUCUCUGAUGGUAUUCAGUAUGUCAAAGACAGUCUACCCGAACCAAACCCAAACAGAACCGAAUUGUGAGAAAGAUAGUUUACUAGUGACGUUAUCUAAUGUUCGAUAUAAUGUCAUUAUGAUUAUGUUAAUUAAUGCAAUGGUGGCCUUACAGUAUGCAAUGUUUGAUUGUCCAGUUUUAUUUUUUCAUCUGUAUGUAGAAUGUGCAAUUUUGGUACAGAAAUGAGGAUGUACAUGUCAAAGGUGAAGGCCCUUGGCCUUAAACAAUUCUUGUCUCGAUCAUUCAACCAUAUCUCGACUAUGCAGAUACACAUGGCCUUCGUCGGUCGGUUACCCCUGUCCAGACGUGUUUUAGUUUACAUCUUUGGGAUCUUCACAUUAGACCUGCAUAUGAAAAGUUUGAUCUGUAAAAGUAGUUAUGAAAUGUGUACCUGUGUACAAUGAUUGUGUUGGGUGACAUGCUUAACUUGAUACUUAACUUUUGUAACGUUUAAUCUAAAUGAUUGGCAUAUGAUAUAAGUUGAUUGAUGUGUGUUCUUCGGCUUUAAUAGGUGGAUGGAUUUUAUGCAAAUUAAAUAAUAGACAUGAAAGAUGCAGUGUCUAGCUGGUUUAUACUUUUCAGUCUUGUCAUUGCUUGGGACACAAAAACAGUUGAAGUGAAGCUAUUGGCUGUUGGUCACGUGAGACUAGGCCGUUGUGAGACGCACUCAAGCUUGUCCAUUGCAGCAUUGAGACCUUGGCGGUCUUGUACAACAUGAAACUGCGAUCCACCUUUCAAUUCUUGGCUGUACUUGUCGUCCUGAUAGUUGUGAACGCACAAGUAACUGAGGACACAACCACAACGUCCCCGCGUUGCCCGUGCCCUUUCGACUACCAAAAGAAGGACCCACUCUGCUGCAACUUGCCGUCGGGAGACACCGUGGUUACUGUGUGGAGGUGAGGGGUCUUCUUCAUAACGUAAAACAUCGACACGUCAACAUGGAGUCUACGAGCGUUGCUUUCGGUGUCUGCAUUGUGGUGAGUUUGUUCAUAACAACUCAUCUUGAACCUGUUGAAGGAGAAUCUACGCCCCUGUGUCAGAUAUGGAAUUCAACAACUGUCGACUGUACGUAUACCUGGGACAAAAUCCACCAACCUCUAAACCAAGUACCACCCGGCAUCCCGAAGUCUGUAACCGAACUGACUCUAACAGGAAACAACAUCACCAGACUUUACAACGAUUCUUUUGAAGGACUAACGAAUCUGAAACAUUUAGAUCUGUCACAAACAAGGAUUCGGACAAUACAGAAAGGCGCUUUCGAAGCGUUAAAGAAUUUGACAUGGCUAGAUAUAGCUUUCAGCACAGACACUACACAUCUGGAAAAUAAUCUUUUCGGAAACCUCGCCAGUCUGAAGUAUCUGGUACUGGAAAUGUCCGCACACACGUUUGGUGAACAUAUUUUUGGUGGAUUAGCUAAACUGAAGUAUUUGCAUCUCCGUUUAGUGGAUGCAUCCAAUCUUCCGGACCAGAGUUUUUAUCCUUUGGCAUCACUAGAAAAUCUAACAAUACAUUACGACAGGGCGAAUAACUUCUUUCAAAGAGGACUCUUGUGGGCACCACUUCACAAACUCAAAACACUGGUCCUCAUUUUUGGAGAUGACAAUAUUUUUCAUUUCGGGUCUGCAUUCCAAAAUUUUUCCAGACUAGAGUCGCUUCAACUGUCGCAUUUUGGAACAAGUCGUCUUAACCUUACUGUUGAAAUGUUUAGAUCUCUCACAUCAACUCUAAAACACUUAAGUCUUGCCAGUUACACGAUGUAUCACAUAGAGCCCGGCCUACUGCAUUCGCUAAGUCACCUACAGACAUUGGAACUCAGGGACGCUACCUUGGACUCAUUCUCUAAUCUUGUUAGAGUACUGCCCGAACUAAACAACACACGGAUACAUGAGCUUGCGUUUGGUUUGGGAGAAGACGCCAUAAAGGCCAAUACUCUAGAUGCAUUGAAAGGUCUGUUGGAUUUGGAAGCGAUUACUAUAGAUACACGAGGCUGUAAGGCAAUACACGCGUAUGCAUUUGAAGGAUUCGUACAUUUAAGAAAACUCAAUUUGGGAGGGGGUUCUUUGCAAACCCUACAAAACCAUUCGUUCACUGGAAUGACGUCACUUGCCGACCUUGACCUGGGGUCGAAUGAUAUCUCGAUUUUACCAGGAGGUGUAUUCGAAGGUCUUGUUUCUCUAACUCACCUUGACCUGAGUUAUAACCAGUUAGAGAGUUCGCGCCAAGGUGUUGAGUAUGAUGCUUCGUUUGACUUCUCGUCUUUUGAAAAUCUGAGUCGUCUGAAUCUAAGCUUUAAUAGGCUUACUCAUGUACCGACAGUGGGACUACCUGAGCGUUUAGAUGCGCUCGAGGUGCAGCACAACAAUAUCGGUUCUUACAUCUACAAUUCUGUCCUGUUCAUCCCUCAUGUAACCUACCUAGACGUAUCGCACAAUCACAUCCAAUCAUUGAUUGUCGCCUCACCUGCUGGAACUUCAACUUUAGAAACGCUCAAGCUCGAUAAUAAUGCACUGAAGGCGAUAGACGGAAAGUUUAUGGAAGGACUUGUCACACUCCAAACACUCACACUUUCUCAUAACAAGCUCCAAGUUAUCGAGAAAGGUACAUUUCGAUGGGUAAACAAAUUGACCAAACUUGAUAUCAGCAACAAUAAAAUUGCCACCAUUGCACCGUCAGCCUUUCGUUGGUUGCCAGAUCUAGAAUUCCUAGACCUCAGUAACAACAACAUACAACAGAUAUCGACACUGACGUUUGACGGUUUAGGUAACUUGACAGAGCUAAACCUAGCAGGUAACGAAAUUGUCGACAUCGGUAACGCCUUUGACGAUUUGCAUUUGUUGAGGAUACUGAGUUUGAAAAGCAACGCGUUAGCUGUGCUAGAUCAAACCACCGUCAGCCCUGUUCUAGAGCAGUUGGAGAGCAUUGACAUCUCAGGCAAUCCGUUUCUUUGUGAUUGUACCCUACUGUGGUUUGUUGAGUGGGCCCUGGACAUUUAUGACACUGUGUUGGACUGGAACAACCCGUAUCCUUCGCAAAGCUACCAAUGUGCUGUACCUAGUUACUUGCAUGGUCGUCAAAUAAAGGAAGGGUUGUCACAAAAGCAUCAGAAUGACAGGGAAAGGGUUUCAACCAGAGGGACAUUCUUUAACAUAGACUGUACUCACAAAUCUAGCACCCUAUUGGCUAUAAUGCUCUCAGUAGCAAUCCUCGUCGUCAUUAUAGCUGUAUACGUCUCAUGGAAGCGGUUGAAAUCGAGAGGACCCCAAGAUAUCAAAAUAUUUGACCUGACUACAAAAACACACGAUGCAUUCGUAAUGUAUAGCAACAAAGAUAGGUGGUGGGUAAAUAAGCUGAUAAAAGAUAGUAAAUUAGAGGAAGACUAUCGACUGAUCGACCAUGAAAGAGACUUUGUAGGGGGUGUGAAUAUCCAUGAAAACAUUGAAAAUGCUCAGCAAGGAAGCUUACGAAUCAUUUGCGUUGUCAGCGAGAACUUUCUACAGAGUAACUGGUGUAAGGAUGAGCUCAAUAGAUACAUGUAUAAGCAUGCUGAUAGUGGAGGUCAGCUUCCCUUUCCCAUCAUCGUUCUUCUGGAGGACAUUUCAGCAUCUGAAGUGAACAAUCAUCAAGGAUAUGCCAGGAAAAACGCACGCCCGUAG